AUGCGCAUUAUGAAUUUAAUCACCGACAAGUCUAAUUGGGAUCAGAAGGUAAUGCCCGCUUUCGAAUUGCCUGGCUGUACUGACAUGACUCAGGUCUUCAAUGAAAACAUCACAUCCAGAUGGCGGGAAGAAAUAACCAGAAGUGGACAAGAUGUUUCGUCGAAGAUGAUGGACUGGACUUUCAAAGAGCUUCAAUGGAAAGUCGGCGUGUAUCAGCAGAAAGGUCUUACAAAAGUUUUUGAUAUUGGAGUUGUCAAGUCAGAUACGGCUAUAUCAAUGAGCCUACGAGAUGAUCUGAAACGAGAAGCCGCUCUAUUCGAGAAUGCAUCAGAGGACCAAAAGGAUUAUCAUCCUGGGUCCAAUCAAAGGGUUGUCAACUUGAUCCAUCCCUCGCUAUUUCCGGUCGUCUUUGGUCGAACACACGUUCUUCCAGACCGGACUAUUGGUCUUCAAGACUGCUUGAGCAGUAUAGGACAGGGAACUUUGACGCCGAUUCCAACCAAACACGAUACCUACUAUAGCAAACAUCCUUGGAGAUCCAUGAAAAGAAAUCGCGACGCAUUCAGUCGAAAAUUUCAAUGGCUUCCUUGCGAUGUGAAGCUUGCCGACGAUCAUGCCACAGGGAUUAUAUCUGACCAAAUCCACUCUGGUGCAUGCGAAAAGAAAGGAGAUAUCGGCAACACUGCACAAAACAAAUUGUGCAAUAUCAAAUCUUACAUCAACAAUGCCCAUCCUAUCAAACACCGCGGAUUCUACGAUGUCGUCGAAAGGGUCAUCACUGCAGCAAUCCCUCUCUGGGAUGAAAGUCUAACACGGAAGCAUUAUGGCGGCGAAAGGAUUCCAUACACCAAAGCUGAAUAUGGCGAACACUCGUUACCCCCACCCACCCGUCCAGAGAACUGUGAUGAUGAUUUCGACGAGGACGCUUUCCUCGAAGAAGACUGGGCGUGGCUCCAAUCCCGCCCAGUCAUUCAACCCGAGCCUGGCGAGUUCGAGGCCAUUGAUCUAGACGAACACGAAGUGGUGAAUCUACGAGAAUUGCUGGCUGAAAGUGGUUUGCAAGUGAUCGUGAAACUGGCUAAUAUUGAAUUAUCGCCGGAAAAUCCCGAUUAUGAAGGGGGUACCUGGCACAUCGAGGGUCAACUGAAUGAACGUAUUUGUGCCACGGCGAUUUAUUACUAUGACAGCCAAAACAUCACAGAAAGCACCUUGUCAUUUCGACAACGAGGAGCGGACUUGCCGGACCUUGUGAACUACGAGCAAGACUGUCACCAAUUUCUGCAAGAUGUUUAUGGACUCGCCAAGAAUGAAGACACCGGGAAAACAAAGACAUUCCAGGAUCUUGGUGGAGUGAGUUGUCGAGAAGGGAGACUGUUGACCUUCCCCAAUGUGGUUCAACACAGGGUUUCUCCAUUCUCGUUGGCCGACCGGUCAAAGCCUGGACAUCGCAAGAUCCUCGCUCUGUUUCUGGUGGAUCCUCAUAGACGGAUCAUUUCCUCUGCGAAUGUUCCUCCGCAACGAGAGGAUUGGGCCUUGGAAGCGGGGAAGCUCGGGGGAUCUGAGCAGCUUGAGGGGCAGUCGGUCUCUGUUCAGGAUGUGCCCUCCAUCAUGACCACGGAAGAGGCAAUGGCUUACAGGCUCGAGCUAAUGGAGGAGCGGAGUGUUGCGGGAUUGCAAAGCAAGCAGCUGUUCGAAGAUGGUGAGUUCAGUCUCUGUGAGCACUGA